AUGGCAGAGUUCAGGCUUCCUCUAGGUCAAAGUAAAAAUGAAUAUAAGCUCUCAGUGCUUCCUGAUGGAUUGAAAAUACUAUUUAUAUCGUCGCCUAAUAUUGAAUAUUUUUCUAUGGCAGUUUCAAUUCGUUCUGGUUCUCUCAAUGAUCCACCAGAUUUACCAGGGUUAGCACACCUCUGUGAACACAUGUUGUUUACUGGAACAAAGCAAUAUCCAAAAAGUGGACAUUUCUAUACAACUCUCGCAGAGGCAGGAGGAGAUGCCAAUGCAUUUACUACUGGAAUAUUAACAAAUUACUUUAUGGAAAUUCCUAUAAACUCAAUCAAACGAACACAAUUAGUUGACAACUUUACCAGUUUCUUCGAGAAUCCUCUUUUUAAAAAAAAUGGAAUGAUGCUGGAAAUAAUUGCAAUCGAAGAAGAACAUGCUUUGAAUCGUACAUCGAAGCUGAAAAUUCUCUAUUAUGGCAUGAAACUUGUGGCAGAUGAUUCACAUCCUUUUACACAAUUUUACACUGGCAACAUUGAGUCUCUUUAUACAACACCCAAAAGAAAUGGAAUCCCUGUUCGCAAACGCUUGGAAGAGUAUUUUUGCAACCAUUACACACUGUCCAAUAUCAGCCUUGUAGUUCAAGGUCCCGAACCAUUAGAUUUGCUACAGAAGCAAGUGAAGACUAAAUUCAGUUCCAAGAAACCAGUUAUUUCAUCAAUUCAUGAUUUUGCAUUUCCUAAGCAUCAGCGUUCCAAAUGUCUUUGGGUGCAAAAUGAUACUGCAAGUUGCAUCAGGAUAUUUUAUUCUGUUCACUGUGACGAUAAUAAGCCCAAGUUAAACCUCUUUUUGAGAGUUUGGACGACUCUAUUAGGAGACGAAGCAAGAGGAACCGUCUGUGAGUAUUUAAUGCGGACGAAUCUCAUAGUGGGUUUGACAUGCCAUGUGCAAGCUUUGGACUAUAAUGAACAAUUGUUGGUGGUUGACAUAACUCCUUCUCACAGAGGCUACUUGAGAGUCAGCAACAUCGCCCAUAUCAUACUGGAGUAUAUCCUUUCCAUAACAGACCAUGAUUUGAACAGUCUUGGAGUAGUGCUCGAAGAAAAGUCAAAUCAAGAAAAAACAUCGUAUAACUUUCGAGAGUCCCAGGAAAGUUGCAUGAACGAAUUAAGUGGUAUAGCCGAGACUUUAGCACUCUCUUUUGAUACCAUUAAAACAAAAAACAUAAUUCGUGGCUAUGAUGAUUGGGAUGAUAUUAUGCUGGGAACCAGUUGGACUUCAAGAGCAAAAGAGUUUGUCACUUGUUCCGGAAAAAUCUUGGAGCCUGGUAGAAUGAACUUGAUUAUCAUGGGAAAGAAGAACCCAAAUAUUCAAGAUCUUUAUGGAGACCAUAUUGAUAGUGGAGUUCACCCUCAGUUUGACUUUGAGUAUGAACGGCAUUAUUUGAACCCUAAACUUUUUCAAGAAAAUACAACACUGGGCUUCAGGCGAGACUACAGUCGAGACUCCAGUCAAGACUCCAAUCAAAGUUUGUUCAAACAAGUUCAACUCGAACAGUCCCAAAGUUCCAGUAAAAUUUUAAUGCCCAGUAGUCAGCCAGUUCAGUGCUUGAAGCUGCCGAAUUUAGAGAUGUGGACCGACUCUUACGAAGAAGUUUCCGGUUGCAAAGUCAGACUAUCAUUCCAGAUAUUAUUCACAACGUUAUCCCGUACAGCCAAAACCGACGUAAUGCUUGAUUUGUUGAGCAACAUUAUUGGAAAUACAUUGCGGCAUGAAUUAUACAAGGUUGAAGAAUUGGGAGUCGAAUGGAGCAUAUGUCCAAAUCUCAACUACCAAAACAGCUUAUCCUUCAAUGUUUCUGGCUUGAAGGAUUUCAUUCAAGAUGCGUUAAAGUUGCUAUUAGACGGCACUUUAAGCAUAAUCGAAAUGGUUACCACCAUUUCAAACACCGAGUUGCGAAGAGCCCGAACACAAGUAAGACAUUGCUAUGAUGAGUUUGGUGAUGUUUCUGGAUUGAAACAGGUCUUAUCUGUUUCAUACUACUUGCUUGAACCAGCGAUACAUUCUCUUGAUGAGAGAAUUGAAAUUUUGGAAGUGGUGGAUAUUUGCACAAUUCAGAAAUUUUGCAACCAUUUGAAAAAUUCCCUCAAAUAUUUGAAAGUGCUCAUGAGUGGAUUUGUAGAUGAAGAAUGUGUUCAGCAAACCUACAGAGCCCUAAAACCAUUACUUACUGGCUCUCAACCCUUCAAGUCACUUGUGCAAAAUGAAUCAAUAUCUCUUGGCGGACGCUCGCUUAGCUUCAAGAUACCGUCUCCUAACACAUCCACCACUACCAUGAUUUUCUGCGAAUUGGGUAACAAGACAGAUCCAAUUGCAGUAAUGAUGUCAUAUAUGAUAGGGUUUUUACUUGCCACAGCCGCUGAUCGAGAAUUACGCAUGGAAAAAUGUUUGGGUUAUUAUGUCGAUGCAGCACCACAAAUGUUCAGUACUAGCGUUGGAAUCAGGUUGGCAAUAACUAGCUCAUUUCAUAGCUCCACUUGUCUUGAGCAACAUAUAAGGGUCUUUUUAAAGGAAUGGAGUACCCGAUUGUCAUCAUAUACUGCACAAGAAUUCGAUACCAUCAAGAACAACUUUACGGUUUCUUAUGUUGACAGUCCAAGAGAUUCGACACUAACAGAUCCACCGUCCUGUCCAGUAUACAGGGUACCACACACUCAGGGGAGUUCCAACAUAGGUGAGGGGAAAAAUACAAAAAGGCAUAGACAUAACUGGGGUAAGAUUGUCACUGGUAAUUACCAUUUUGGAGGCAAGUUUGGUGAAGAAGAAGUAUCAAGAAACAAAGUUAUAAAUUUGGAGAGCUCUUAUUUCAUUGAAUUUGUCAAGGACAAGCUCUUGCUGCCCUCAGCACUAACAGUUCUGGGAGAGUCUUCAAAAGAAUGCAACAUCAAUUUACCCAAAAGGAGCUGGUUACGGCGGUCCUUUGACUUCAAGAAACACACUAGAUGUUACCAAGAGUCUGAAUCAAGUCCCCUUUCAAGCAUUGUGCAGUUCAAUGAGGUAAUCAACGACGAUGUGCUCAGUGACGUUUAUGGCCUUUAUACUGACUAA